GCGGAGGAGCGCGACGAGAAGUUCUCUUGUCAGCGCACGCCGCUCGGCCCGAUGACGCGCGCAUACUCGCUCGACGCUGUCCCCGUGCCGGCGCGACCUGGUGGCGGCGGCGCCGGACGCCUGCUUGGCGACUUCACCGGGGGGCACCACCAUCACCACCACCAGAUGGCGGGCUCGCGGCUCGCCGAGGGACGCAGCGCGUCGGUUACCGCGGCGACGAAGCGCCGCAUCGUCGACAACAACGGCUUCCUGAGCGUGCCGGAGGUAACGAUAACGAGCGACGAAGACAUUAACGAGGCACCGCUUCCUCUGCCGCCGCCGGCCCCGCCCCCCGCCGCGGAACCCUUCCCCCCGUCGUCGUCGCCGUCGCCGCGGCGACUGCCACGUGGGAUGAGCAGGUACGGAGGCGGCAAGCGGGAGCGCGUGCAGCGGCGGCGGAUCGUUCAGAAGAACGGCGGGCUGAACAUCUCGCUGGCGAACGUCGACAAUCGCAAGCGUCAGUACAUCGCCGACGUCUUCACGACGCUCGUCGACCUGAAAUGGCGGUGGACGAUCGCCGUGUUCGCGACGGGCUUCCUCGUCAGCUGGACGUCGUUCGCCGUCGUCUGGUUUCUGAUCUCGUACGCGCACGGCGACCUGGACGCGGCGAACGCCGGCGACGCCGCGUGGACGCCGUGCGUUCGCGAGCAGACGUCGUUCGCGUCGUCGUUCCUCUUCUCGCUCGAGACGCAGCACACGAUCGGCUACGGCUCGCGGCACAUCACCGAGGAGUGCCCCGAGGCGAUCCUCACGCUCGUCGUGCAGUCGAUCGUCGGCGUGCUCAUCCAGUGCUUCGUCGUCGGCAUGGUGUUCUCGAAGAUCUCGCGGCCGAAGAAGCGCGCGCAGACGCUGAUGUUCAGCAAGACCGCCGUCGUGUGCAUGCGCGACGGACAGCUGUGCAUGCUGUUCCGCGUCGGCGACAUGCGCCGCUCGCAGAUCAUCGAGGCGCACGUGCGCGCGCUCGUCAUCAAGAAGAAGAUGACGCUCGAGGGAGAAACGCUGCCUCUCCACCGCUACGACCUCAACGUCGGCUUCGACGCGGGCACCGAUCGCAUCUUCAUGAUCUGGCCCGUGACGAUCUGCCACCGCAUCGACGCCACGUCGCCGUUCUACGACAUGGACGCCGACGACUUCGUCGCGCAGAAGUUCGAGAUGGUCGUCAUCCUGGAGGGCGUCAUCGAGACGACGGGCAUGACGACGCAGGCGCGCUCGUCGUACCUGAACGGCGAGAUCCUGUGGGGGCGGCGCUUCCAGCGCCUCGUCACAUUCCAGCGCGAGGACGGGCUGUACCGCAUCGACUACUCGCGCUUCCACAACGCGAUCGCGGUCGACACGCCGCGAUUCUCCGCGCGGCAGCUCGACGAGAUCCGCGACGCGGCGGAGGAGGCUGCGGCGGCGUUUUGA